CCUCUCCCUCUCCCUCUCCCUCUCUUCGACCAAUCAAAUUCUGAAAGUCGAUCUCCUCUCUCUCUCUCGCUCAAUGUCGUUGAAACUCAACACCCCCACUUUCCCAAAUUUAGCGUCAUCUCUGUUCCCAAAUUCGAACCCAAGAGGACCCAGCCAGAUUCGAUUCUCUAACCGAUGGGGCAACGCUAACGCCGAUCUCCUCUCUCUCUCUCUCUUGGAUCAACGUUGCAGAAGGGAUCAAAUUCGUUGUUGCGGGAUGGCAGGAGGAGGAGGAGGAGGAGGAGGAGGAGGUGAUCAUCAUCAUGUGGGAGUGUGGUGGGACCUGAACACGUGUCCGGUUCCGGCUGGUGUAGACCCUCGUUGUGUCCGUCCGUGUAUAGAAUCUGCCUUGGAGAAGCUGUUUGGUCGUCGUUCUGCAGUCAGCAUCUAUAUCUAUGCCAUAGGAAACCUAGAAUUCAUCUCUACUGACCUCUUGCAAAACAUCUCUUCCUCCGGAAUCAUUGUUACUCAUGCCCCCUGCGGUAUGCACGACUUACAUGAUUUUCUUAUCGACUGGUCUGCGGAUGAGCUUAAAAACCCACAUCCUCCUGGUUACGUAAUGAUCAUCUCGAGUGAUUAUAGACUGCUUUACCCUAAGCGUUUUCGGCUUUUUGGAUUCACUACUUUUGUUGCAUAUCCAAAAGGUGUUCGCCUACUUGCCCAUCUUACCCAGCUAAAAUUUAUUGGCCGAGAGUUUGACGAAGUGUUUGCCAAAGAGUUUGUCUGGGAAACCUUAUUGAGUGAUAAUUUGGAUGAAACUUUAUUAUUGAGUGACAACAACACAUGUGAUGAGAAACCUCUCUGCAUUUGCAACAUAUGCUGUUAUGAUUACGAAGUAUGUGACGAAUUCAUCACUCAUCUCAAGUGUGAAGAGCACAGAAACCAGUGGUCUGAAAUUGUGCACGACCGCAAGCUUAAAUAUUUUUGCCAAGUUUGCAAUUAUCCCGCCUAUAGCCACUAUAACCUCUUUCUCCAUAACCAAAGUGAAGCACAUAAUCGCAAGCUGGUUGAGAAACAGGCUCAAGAAGAGGAGGAUUGCCAGAGCAGGAAGACAAAUCCAGAAUUGGAUCUCUUCUACGAGAGAAACAAGGAGCAAUCUCUUUGAACCAAGGCAGCCUAAGGAAGAAGCAGCAGCUAGAGUGCGUGCAUCCCCAUGGGGUCUUUGUGUUAAAGAGUUUUACUAAAUAAUGGACUACUUAAUUAUUAUUAUUAUUAUCCUGAAUACUUUGUUUUUCUACCAGUCAAAAUAUUUUCAAGUCUGGUUUGUUUUUCUUUUUCUUCAUUUUUAAUCAUUACAUGACAAGAUUUAUUUGUA